UAUUUAAAGCAAUAUCUAAUUAAUUAAUUAGGCAUAUAACAUUCAUAGACGGGACAUAUAAUAUUGGUAUUCUUAUCGUAGUGUUAUACACAGUUGAAUAUUACAAAACAAUCUUGUUCGUAAUGUCAUAAUAUUGUCAAUAUGUGCCUUUUAUAAUUACUGUUGUUGUUUAACUAAGUAUUUUGAUUACAAAAUAGUACAAAUGAAAUGCAAUAUUCGUGAAAUUGCUCUUAUGAGCGAUAAACCAUGUCUCUUAGAAGGAAGGUUGAAUUAUAAAAAGGUUUCAAAUGGAAGUUAUCGCAAUCAAGCAGUUUUUAAAGAAAGAUGGUUUCGACUUAUUAAUAAUUACUUAUUUUAUUUCAAAAUAAGUGAAAUGGGAAAGUUUGACACUAGAAAUCCUGCUGGAAUGUUUGUUAUGGAAAAUUCUUCUAUACAGAUGGAACAUGGACAAAGUAUAUCAUUCUCGUUUUCUAUAUCUUUCAUAGAUGAGCCAGAAAAAAGACACAUAUUUGCUGCCCGCAGUGAAGAUAAUGUAGUUCAAUGGGUAAUGAAACUACGUCAAUGUUCUUAUGAGUAUUUAAGAAAUCAACUUCAUACUUUGCAAUCAAAAAUAUUUGCAAUAACUGGAAAGGAUCCUCUUUUAUUAGUACCAAGAAAUGAUGGUGCUUGUUUGUGGGCCCCAGCUGUGCCUUUUUCUACCGCUCCAGCUUGUAAUUCAAAUAGUACUUCAUUCAAUUGUCAUCUUCACACAAAUGGUGCCUUUACACUUGAAAGAAGUAAAUCUGAUUUGCAAGCACAUAAACAUCUUCGUGCAGAAUAUUCUAAAAACACAACCUUUUAUGUAAGUGAAACUAAACAGGAUGACACCAAGAUUCAGCAACAUUAUUCAUUAGAAAAAUGUAAAACAUCAUCAGUUUUAACUGCAAGUUUGAAUCCUAUUGAUAUAUCAAUUUUUGAUAACCGUCCAGCAUUUUCUCGAGCUGCUCCAAGCCCCCCAGUAAGAAAGAAGUUAUCACCAGGGAGCAAGCACAUUGAAUUUAAUAAAGAAGUAAGAACAUUAACAGAUCAAGGUAAAAAUUUAGGACACAUAGGGAUCUUGGAUGUGGCACCUAUACCUCCCAAAAGAAAAAUAUCACCAAAACCUAUAGAUACCACUAAUGUAGAUAUAAAGAAUAAUGUUAAUUCAAGUAAAGAGAAUUUAGUAGUAAAUGCAGUAGAAGAUCUUAUUAAAUUUUAAACAUUUUUGUACUAUAUAGAUAAUAUAAAUUUUUGUGUCCCACCAAGUGUUAAGUUAUGGAAAUCUUGCCUCUCAUGAGACAUUAUAAACUAUAAAUCUAAUUCUUUUUAUAUGAACAAAUGAUUUAUACAUUGUGAUAUGAAAUUUUGGUGUAGUGUUGUGUUUGAUACAACAAUAUAUAUUUUGUUUGAAUUAUAGUGACAAUUAUAUAAAGCGAAAAUUA